AUGGCUCCCAAGGAUACCAAGAAAGCCACCAAGGCCAGCUCCAAGGCUGGUGCUGCCUCCAAGGCCGUCAUGAAGGGGCUGUCUCGAUCGCCCAAGUACCCCCGAAAGUCGAUUCCCCAUGCCCCCCGUAUGGACCACCACCAGGUGAUUGUGCACCCGCUCAACACCGAGUCUGCCAUGAAGAAGAUUGAGGAGAACAACACGCUGGUGUUCAUUGCCGACGUCAAGGCCAACAAGCGCCAGAUCAAGCUUGCUCUCAAGAAGCUCUACGACAUAGAUACCGUCAAGCUCAACACUCUCAUCCGACCGGACGGCUCGAAGAAGGUCUUUGCCCGACUAACGCCAGACAUUGAUGCGCUCGACAUUGCAGCCACCAAGCUCGGAAUUGUUUAA